AUGGCUACCUUUUCUCUAGAGUACGGACGCGAUGAAACCAACUUAGGCGGAUGGCAACGGCUAUGCGACGACUGUGGUGUCCAGCGGAGGGCGUCGAUUAAGCAAUGCAAAGCGGCGCUGCGUGCCGUGGCUGUGAACAUAUGGGACCUGAUCCAAGCACGGAGGACCGGUGACCUGCCAGCACCGCGCUACACAAGCAAAGCCGAACUGCGUCGAGAUCUGGCAGACCCUAGCAGACGCUUCCCGCUGGCAAGACUGAAGACUAUGCAAGAGAACAAGCUGUUGAGAGCGCUGUUGGUCACCUUGGCUUAG